UUCUCCUUCAAACGUAUAAAAUACCAAGUUCAGUGAAAAAAAGGAAAUCAAAUCAAAUCCAUGGAAGACAGUUUCAGGGUGCGCGUGGAUAAGACGUUCGGGACUUUGGGCGGAACUACGGCGUCGUCCGCCGGCGUAAGCCCUUCCCUGUGGUCCCUCACCGACGAAGAAAUCGAAAGGCGGGAGUGGAUUCUCAACAACAAGGAAGAUGCUGAGGGCGGCGAAUCUGGGCCGUCCGAUCGGCUAAUUCAGCUGGAUUCGGAUCUCAUCAACGAUUUGAGCGACUGCGAAGAAGACGAGCAGGAGGAGGCGGCGGAGGAAGAAGAAGAGGAGGACGAUGCAAUUGCUCCGAACAGUGUUGCUAGUGCUGAAACUGCUGUUGAUGAAUAUCUGGAUGUGAGAUCCAAUAUCGGCCGCGACUGCACCCUUGACUAUGAAGAAGAGGAAGAUCAAUAUGACAAAGUGGCGGUUGGCAAAGAACAAGCAGGUGACCGCCUAUAUAUGAGAGACGUGAAAUCCGCUGAUUAUGGAAUUUACGAAAAUGACUACGAGGAGCUUCCCAACACAUUACAGACUGUUUUCAAAGACCCUCGUGCGAAUCACUCCGCAGCUAAAAUCAGGCUGAAAGAAGAUGCAGAGACUGCUGGCAAUUUCGAUACUCUACAACUCACCGAUAAUUCAGAAGCCAUGAAUGUUGUAAAGCCCGAAGAAGAUAUCAAAAGGGGAGAAACAACAGAUGGCGGUGAUAAUCCUAAGCCGAUUCUGAAAAAGAGAGAGAAUCUGAUAGACUCCAAGUCACAGAAACGUGUCAGAUUUAUCGUGGACCCCACAAACAGUGUUGAGGCUGGAGGUAGUAAUUUGGAAGUUCCAAAACAGGCACCUGAUCUUUCGUCACUACCUAGUGCUCCGAAGUAUCUUCCUAGUGUUCCCGAUUAUCUUUUGAACCCUUCGAAAUACACGCGCUAUACAUUCGAUCCAUCGGACGAUAUGGAUGACCGGUCGAAUCAAACAGCAUUCAUGGAGUUGUUCUUCAAUCGCUCGAGUAAAGCCGCAGACACUGGUCCAUCAAUGGAUGAAACCUCUGUUGAGAUUCCGAAAUCGAUAGUGUUCACACCGAGAAGGAAACAAAGAGACGAUUCGAUGGAGCAUGACUUAGGAGAAGGAGACAAUACUAAUCUUAAAAGGAACAAGGGCUUAUCUGUUGUGAUAGCAGCUGCAGAGGACAUUGGAGAGAGUGAAGUGUCUGCUAUGGAAGAAGACGAGAGAUGUGAAGGAAGCAGUGGCUCUCAGAAGGCGGGUCGUAAAUAUCGGGCGAGGACCACCAUUGUUGAUGCUGAAGACACCUUGAAUUGAUUUUUAUAGUUUUUUUCAGGUAUGUGUUAGCAGUUAGUACCGUCUCUCUCCUUUCGUGGAUGUAGUAAUUGUGGGUGAUUGUCAACUUCAGUUAUUGAUGUUUAAGUUGAUUUGCUUAGAGGACUGUCUUUAAGUUAACUAACUCUACAUGCAAUGAGAUAUUACGACGAUAUGUUGAGAUGACCGAUGCUACUGCUGCUAUUUCACCCCUCUCUUUUUUUUUGGU